AUGGAUGUAGAGCAAAAACAACCUGAUAAUGCAUAUUGCGUAUUUAAGAAAAACUUUGAAGAAACAAGCGUAAGCUCUAAGAGAAGCAGCAGUUGCAGUGUCACGAAUAGUCGUACGGGUAGCAGCAACGGAGACGGUAGUAGCAACGGUGACGGAAGUAGCAACGGUGACGGAAGUAGCAACGUCGACGGCAUUGGAAGCAGUCAUGGCGACGAGAAGAGCAAAGGCGGAAACGCAGACGGCCGAGGUGAAGCCAUAGAAAGUUACAUGACGUCGUAUGAAGAAAACGAAGAAGCAGAAGAGAAGUAUACCAACAACGAACUUUCACAAAAAAACGUCACUGCAAGCACAUCAAAUUUGAAUAACUCGUUUGACCCCAUACAGUUCCAAAAUGAACACAACGGAAAUGGAGUGGUGCCCAUGAAGUGGAGUUAUAAGAACGAUGGGGAAUUACCACAUGGGAUUUUAUCCACCCCAGAAGGAACUCAUAAUAACAUGUGCCCUAGGGAGUAUAGCGAAAUGAAAGGGAAUGAAAAUCUGGCAAAUUACGACCUGCCCAAAGAAAUAGAGGAAAAGGGGAAGUAUCUCUACAGCAGUAAUGAACAUGGGGAGUUAUUAAACAUGCAUCAUUUUAAGGAUAAAGAAAAUUUUGAGGUUGCCCAGGAUAGCGCGCAGCAAAUGACGACCAUGUUUUCUUGUGAGGAUAGUCGUAACACAUAUGCCUCGACGAACAGUGAGAACAGCAACGGGAGGAGUAGUGUGGAAAACAGCAGGGGCACGCAGCCGAUUGAAAAUGUUCUAAUAGGGCGAACGGCACAGAGUUGUGAACAGGGUGAGUAUAAAAUGAGCGCGGGAAGUAGUGGAGGCAGUGGAGGUAGUGAAAGCAGCGGAGGAAGCGGAAGUGGGGAGAAGGGGCAAAAUGUAGAAUAUGCUGCGAACGAAAGUGUGCCCAUCAGCCUAAGUAACAUGCAGAACGAGGUGAAUAACGCAGACCCCCCCACGUAUAUCUAUGACAGACCCUUUAAUGAAAAGACGCUGACGAAAUUUGAAAACACCUGCUAUUACGACGUGAACGAUGUAAGUGGAAAUAAGCUGAAUGAUUACAUUUCUAAUAUGCAGGUCAUGAGGGACACCUUCAAAAGCAACCACUUGAGUAACAUGGGUAGAAAUAGUUUUGACAUGAGUGCUGACGCUGGUCCGAUGAGUUACGAGGUAGUACCUGGGAUGAACGGGAUGAACGAUUUCGACCAUGUGAAGAAUCUAGGAGAGUGCAGCGAGCUGCAGAAAAUAAUGGAAGGCAAAAUCGUUAAGGAGAUAAGUCACCUUGCGGAUAAGGGGAACUCGAGCUACAUAAAUUUUAUGAAAAGGCAAGCAGAGGAGAAAAAUUUAAGUAGCAUGAAUUGUGUGGACAUGGAGUACUACCAUAAGGGAGGUCUCUACGGUGGGGGUAGUGACGAAUCUGUCCUUUUGAAGGGUCAGACUGCAGGUGCUAGUCAGAAUACAUUGCGAGAUGGCAGCGGGGUGAACAUGGGCAACACGAUGAACGAAACACAUAGUGUGAAUAGUACCAGCACGUUGAGUAAUAUGAACGGGGUUGGCAGCAUGGGCACGGUUAGCGGGGGCUGCGGGAUAAGCACCCUCAACACGGCGAACAGCAUAAGCACUGUGAGCAGCAUGAGCACCCUGAGUAGCAUGAGCGCGCUGAGCAGUAUGAGUGCCCUGAGCAACAUGAGCGUGAUGAGCAGUAUGAACGGCAUAAACGCGAUGAGCAGUAUGAACGGCAUAAACGCGAUGAGCGGAAUGAGCGGCAUAAAUGCGAUGAGCGGAAUGAGCGGCAUAAACGCGAUGAGCGGAAUGAGCGGCAUAAACGCAAUGAACGGUGCCAUCUCGCUCAGCAACAUGAACAGUUUAAAUGAGGACGGCAUGGACCGCCACGCCAAUCGGAUGGAAAGCAAAAUGCGCAAAGAAGAUCUAUACGCGAUGACGCAAGGCGAGGCACCCCAAAACGCAGGCGGUAUUAACGAAGAAGUAAAUAACGGACCAAUUGCGUACAAUGAGAAAUUUAACUCCGAAGGAAUGACAGAGAAGAAUUUUCCCCACGAAGUACAAACCUAUCAUGUGACUGAAUUGAGCAAAAAGUAUAAUCGAAAGGAUAGCGCAAAUGGCAUGAACAUGCAGAACCAAAACGGAAGCGUAAAGAAUGUUGCGAAUGAUAAGACGGUGUUCCUCUCGACACACUAUAACAAUAUGAUUGGUGAAAAAGGCCAAGUGAAUGAUGUGAGUGAAAAUAUGUACCGCAAUAAUCCCUACAACGGAAGAACAUUGGAGGAUAUCAAAAAUGAAAUCAGAGGCAACGGUUUUGUUUAUCCUGUGCCUAACAAGGAGAGUAAAAAUGUGGCCAACCCAAAUGAUUAUUUAGACAAGCACCGUAAUGUAUCUGUGGAAGGAGACAACUUAAAUUAUGUAGCCAAUAAGAGCAUAGAGAAUGGGGCUUGCGGCAAUAAUCUCCUCUACCAAACGUCCGAUUAUUACCAUAAAAAAUUUCUGCACAGUGAAGAUCCGAAAAAUGUAAGUGCCUACCAUUCCGUGGAAAAUGUAAACAUGAGUAGUACUAACGGACGAAGUGACAAAGGAUCGAACUGUAACGCGAACAACAUGGAGCAGAGGCUCGCUAACAACGGGAAGCGGAGUUAUAAAAGGGCCUCGAAAAAGCGCAACACCCCAGUGGAUAGUAAUGCGCAGCUGGUUAACUCUACACUGUGUGAGAACAACAGUGCAAAGGAUGAAGAAAAGAAGUUUGACGUAAACAGCCUCAAGGUGGACGGUGGGAACAUCAAACUGGCUGAACUGAACCUAAGUGAAGAAGAAUUAAACAAAUUGAUUCUGAGCAUUAACUCGAAUUUUAGCGGCAUAAACGAAAACGACGAAUUGUACAAAACUGUUUUAUUUUUUGAGAAAAAAAAUAAAAAAAUGAUUAAAAUGAAGAAGCCUUUGAAGCGAAAAAGGAAGCUUAAAAAAAUUGCCAAUGAGGAAAACGAAAAUCCAGAUCAGUUACUAUGCCAGGAGGGCACCACUGACAAGUCCUUAGUAACACAUGAGCAGAAUGAAAAUUGGAAGCCAACUUCGGUGGAUAGCGCAGAUCCGGUAGGCACAAAUAAUUGCGCGAAAGGAGCCUCCGCGAAGCAGAAGCAGAGCGCCCACAGGCACAAUCACAAUAAAAGCAUAAGCGGAAUAUUCGCUAGCCAAAAUAAGGAGCUAAUUUUUACCCCCGUUUUGAGAGAUGGUCAGGAGAACAGCAAUUUCGGCAUCGGGCCUACUGUCACCUAUCGAGACGGCGCCAACGAUAAUAUUAUGAACGAAAAUGGAUCCCAAUACCAAAGGCAUGGCGCUGGAAGUUAUAAAAUUGGAAGAUCCUUAAGUAGGGAAAAUGUGAGCAGCGAGAGAGUUAUAGGCUUCCCGGCGGAUGGCAAUUCUACUGCGGAGUACACAGCGCAGGGGCAGGCGACCAAGGGGCCCAAGGGGGCCGUCGACAGGAGGUACAAGAAGUUGCGAAUGAGCGAGCACGCCCAGGUGGCCAGUAGUAACACGAGCGGUAACAGCGGGAGCAACGUCGGAAGUAACUUCGUAAAUAACGUUGGAAGUAACUUCGUAAAUAACGUUGGAGGCAACUUCGUAAGUAACAAUAACGAGAGCAACUUUUUCCGAAGCGACAGCAGCAGUAGCUUUCCGAAUCAGAACCCGGCAGGGGCGAAUUGCAUGAUCAGCGGUGCAAGUAAUAAUAACGCCUACACAGAUAACCCCAUUUCGGCUACCCCCUUUCAAAUGCAGUGCAACAAAGCGUACAACGAAUUGGGCGAAGCGAAUCGCGCUACUUAUGGCGACACUGUGAGGAUAGGCACAGGUGAAUUUUUCGUGAAGCGGGAUGAUAUGUUUAAGAAGGGGGCGUUUGCUUGCGAUCCGAUGGGCAGCAUGAAGGACAACCACGGUAGCGGUAUUAACAAUGUUGAGCCGCCAAGCUGCGCCAUAAAGAAGGGAGGUGAAAACAUUCCUCGCGCGUAUUACACAUCCAACAACCACGAAAUUGCAAACCUGUUUUCCUCCUAUGAGGGGUUGCUUAUGGACGAAUUAAGCGGGAAGCUCGAAGGGAACAUGAAGGUAAAGGUCGAGGAGGACCCCAACGCAGCGAACAACGGCAUUGUGAGCGGAAAUGGCGGCAACAUCAGCAGCGGCAACAAUGUGAUAAGCGACCCCAGCGGAAACGGAAUCGACGGCGCGGGGAAAAAGAAGUACGUCAGGAGAAGGGGAAAAAGCAAGAAGGAUAAAGGCGCGCAAGACGAUAAUAUCAUCCAGAAUGACGAAACGGUGGGCGAAAUCCCGAGGAAAAGAAAAAGCUAUAAACUCAAAAAUAAAAGCGGUACCUCCAGGAGAAGUAAAAAAAAUGGAGAAACAGGUGACAUUUACAUGGGGAUUCCUGAUCCUGAAAAUAUGCCACUGGAAAACGAACCCGUACGGUUAAAGCAUAGCGGUAGAAAGAAGGGCAGCACCAAAAAGGGAUUCCUUUUAGUGAAGCAAGAGGGGAACAAUGAAUGCGUAGGUGAGAAUAACUUCCACUCGAAUGUGAUGAAGAUGUGUAAAAAUGAGAUGGCCUACGGGAUGGUAAAUAAUAGUAUGCCAGGUGAAGAUCCAUUUGGCGUGAUGGAUCACGGGAAGGAUGGCCUAACGACAGAUGGUGUGAAUAUUAAAGUGGAGGAAGCGCAUGGAGAUGCAGAUUCAACCUUAUGCUCAGCGGGCGUUAUGAAUGAUGCCACUGUGGAAGAAAACGCAGAAAUGAAUGUGGAAACAGAUUUCAAAUCGAAGAGGAAGCCCAAAAGGAGUGUGAACAUAUUUAGGGCCCAGAAAAAUAAAUCCGAAACAGCACUGGAAAAGAAAAUAAAAGCAAAAAUUUGUUUAGAGGAUUACUACAAAAGGAAUAAGGAGAUAUACCACGGAAUUGAUCCGCUAACGUCAAUCAACGAUGUGAACUUGCCAUCCAUUGAGGAUGAAUCCUUUAGUGACAACUUAACGGCGCUCUUUAAGAAAAAGAAGAAAAAUUUGAUAUGCUCCAACUGCCUCUAUGCGUUUAAAGUUCAGAUAAGUGGGAGGAAUGAGUUCGCGCAGGUUGCGGCGCCGGGCGGGGGAGAAGCAGGCGGAGAUGGCCUAGAAAGGGGCUCACCAAAUUGUACGCAAGAUGGUUUACAAAAUGAUCCGCAAGGUGAUGCGCAAAAUGGUCUAAAAAGUGAGGCACAAAGUGAUACACAAAAUGGUACACAAAAUGGUGCACAGAAUGACCCACAAAUUUCUACACAGUGUGCUACACAGUGGGCGGCACCAAAUGGCCCCAUCGACAGUAACCAGAGCGACAAACGAAACGAUGAAGAGAGCGCCCACCCGAUGAUGGAACCCUGUGGUCGCGAAAACCAAUUGAGUGUAAAGAACGACGAAGGGGAUGUAGCAGCUAGCGCGACGGAAAUGAAGCAAAUCAAUCCACCAAAAAGUGACAACCCCGAAACGGAUCAAACAGAGGAAGAGAAAAAGACGAAUGAUGUGAAGGAAGGCCUGGAAGAAAACCCGGACAUUAUUGAAAAAAUAAAAAGCGUAAAGUACCUCAAAAUCAGCAUGUACAAAGAAUUAGUAGAAAAAAACGCCCUUGUGGAAAACUAUUGUGAGAUCACCUUCUACUGUCUUUGCGGUUAUUUCAAAUGUAUAAAAGAGGAUAAUGAAUGGAAACAAAUCACCGAUUGCUAUUUCGAUGAGAAGGAUGAAAGGAAACCAAAGGCACCCUAUAUAUUCUGCACCAAGUGCAAAGAAUUGCUAGUAACAAAUAGAUUCCUAGAUAAAGACAAAACGAAAAUUAUUAUGAUAUGCGAAUGUGGAAGUAGAAACUAUGACCGAACGGAUUUGUUUUGGUCCAGAAGGGGAAACAUUAAACAGAGGAAAGCACCGCAAAUAUUAUGUGAUGAGUGUAAUUCGAAGAUGUGGGUACACACAUGGCUUGAUGACAUCGGGUCGAAAGUGAAACUACUAUGCAAAUGUGGUUUUAAGAAUUUCCUUAAAAAAAAUAAUAACUGGGUUAGAAGCCCCAGGUGGAAAAAGCCGGUGCCCUUAAUAAUAUGCAAUUCUUGUCAGCAGAAAAUGUACAUGAGUCAGUGGCUAAACAAUGAUGGAACCAAAGUUAAAAUGAAAUGCGAGUGUGGCUGGAAGACCCUCAUCAAAGAAGGAAACACAUGGGUUAGAAGUGAAUGGUCCAAAAAAUUACUCUGCCUCAGAUUAGUGAAAAACCCAGAUCUUCUACAAAAGAAAUAUAACAUUCAUCCUCGUAAGAAAAAUAAAUCGGAUGAAGAGGAACUGUACGAUAGGAACAGCCAAAACGGGUUGUCACUCAUCAGGAAUGAAAUCUUCCCAACAUUUUCCCCCAGCGAUAUAACGAUAAAUCACCAUGAUGCUAUUAUCAACGAAUUGUGUAAUCAGAACAAUUUGGAAAGUUGCCUGGAUGGCGAAACGAAUGAUGCACUCAGCAAAAUGAGGAGCUCCGAUUCGUUCAUGAUUUCUGAGGCGACCGAGGGGUUAUUACUUGCGGAUGAUAAUUACAUAAUUAGCAGCGGCAACGGUGGCGUUGAAUGUGGUCCGAACGAUGCACUGUUCGUUUGGGGCGUAGAAAACGGAGCAGCCAUGGGCCAGGUAAUUCCCUACGAGGACGUCAUUUUGAGCAAGAAACCCGGCGCGCGCGGUCAGAGGGGCGGUCGCGGUAGCGGCGCUCGAGGGAGAGGCAACCGGGGUGGUGGCGGCGUUGGUAGGGGAAACAUGAGCAGCGCAAACGUCAGCAGUGCAAACAUCAGCAGCGCUAACCUUGGUAGUGGUAACCCUGGUGGAGUGCCCCCUGACGGAGGCGAUCUCUGCGCCCUCGGCAACGCAGGCGACAUCAAAGAAGGUAGCAACAACGAAGGCAGCAACAACGAAGGCAGCAACAACGAAGGCAGCAACAACAAAGGCGGCAAAAAAACCCGCAGCGCGAGGACAUACACGAACUCUAAGAGGAAGGGGCAAAACGCCAGUGCCGCCAAAAACAAGGACUACCACAUCGCUAGCGCGGAAGCGGCCAACGGUGCGUCAAACUUGUAUAGUAAUGUGCUAAACCUAAAUGGUGCCGCGAAUGACGGGCUUGUAGGAGAUGCUUUUACUACUAACAAUUACGAACAAGGGAACGCCGAUGCAGACAUGGAGCUGAACAAAAUGGACCCCUCUACUGAUGGAAAUGCCAAAAAAAUGAACCCUAAUAAGGGCCAAAAGAAAAAACCAGGAAGACCGGCACUUAACAAAAGGGAUAAGAAGGUGAAAAAAACAAGUGCGCGAGAAAAAUUGAAUAACACGGAAAAUGUUUCCAUCGCGAAUACGAUGACUGCCCUUACAUCCGGUGCUUCAGUUGCUACUACAACAGCAGCCAUGACAACAGCCGCCACAACGGCGAGUACCACAGUUACCUGCACAAUGAUGUAUGAUGAGAGUUCCCCAACUAGCCAAAUUUAUCAAAUUCACCAAACGAAUGAUGACAUACUGAUGGACAACAUGGUUAAUAAAAAUGGAAGCGUAAUAAUUGACAGUAUAAUUAACCACCCGGAUCAUAGCCUAAGCGUGAACAGCGAAAAGGUGCCAGAGUACAACACGAUGAGCAGUCGUUCGACACUCGAUUAUUACGAUGUAAAGUAUUCCAGUGGGGAGGGAAAACCAAGUAGUAAUGUUAACAAAAUGUAUUAUGAGAAUCCCUAUUACUAUGUUAACAAUUAUUAUGAUGAUUCGUAUGAUAAGGGUUACUAUAACCAGCCCGUCUUAUCUCACUAUGGCGAAAAUGGCAACGGCAACAGGAGCAGCAGUAAUAACAAAGGCGGCAAUUCCAACCGUGGUAGCCGUGGAAGUAACGGAGCUGUGAGUGGUACGGACCUGUACGACGCAUACAACUUGACGAGCAACACGUACCACCACCUGAACAAGGAGUACCCCGUGAACUACGACAUGAACGGAAAUACAAACCAAAUGGUUAAUAAAAAAUUUGUAGACAAUAAAGACGGUGCAGAUGUUUUACCCUUGGAUAUUAAUUUCGAUAAGAAGAAAUUCAUACUAGAAAAUAUGAAGAAGUUAAAUUUUAAUAUUAGCGAAAAUGACCUGAGUGUCCUUUUGGAGAAUCUGGACGAAAAUCUUCUAAUCGAGACGCUUUUGGGAAAAUUUGUUGACAAGACUGUAAUGGAGAAUCGCAAAAUGGAUGACAGUGAUAUGAACCUGAAUGGGAAUUAUGCUAGCCAUUUGGGGGGAGACGGUGGCUUUACGAACAGCGCGUAUAAUUCGGCCGAGUUUAGCCAAACAGAGUUCAGCCCGAACGAAAUGUACAGCGGUAACAUGUGCUCGUAUGGUAGCUACGCGGGGAAGAUGUUCGCAAACGAGGGGUACCAGAGUGGCUUGUAUCAGGGCGGCGUUCAUCAAGGCGGCAUUCACCAAAGUGGGCUGCACCAAAGUGGGCUGCAUCAAAAUGGGCUGCAUCAAAAUGGGCUGAAUCAAAAUGGGCUGCACCAAGGCGGGUCACCCCCGAAUGGGUUCUACCAGGACAUGAUGGAGCACCCCUUUAGCAAAAACCCAUCUGCAGAAGGAGGGCAAAGAGAAAGUACCCCCAUCAGUAAGGACAACAUGAACUACGUUAUGAUGGAAAAUAAGGGAGACAAAAACGAAAUUGAGAGUAAAAAUAUGAACAUGAUGAAUGGCCGAAGUGGGGCUGAUAACAAGUUUAACGUGCACAUGGCAGAGAGGAAUGGCCACGAUAUGGAGGACCCCAUGAAUAAAAAGGCAAGGAGCCAAAAUAUGACGAAUAAAAUUAUGGCUAGUAAAAAUGUGGGCAGAAAAAAUUCGAUGAAUAAUGACCCCUGUAGAAACGAUUACCUGAGUAGCAACUUUGCCUAUUCGAACGAAUUGAUGGGAAAAAAGGAUAAGUACAACUUGGAGGCCAACCUCAACUUGGGUGAACAUAUGACCGUGAAGAAUGCCCCCACCGGUUGCGAGUUGCGCAGUGGCGUCGGUAACAUUAGCGGUAACAUGGGGGGUAGCAUCGCGGGGAGCUUGGAUCCCCCCGGGUUUGAAAACGGCGCAUAUGAAAAUGACGCAAAUGGGGGAAGUGGCGGCGGCGGAAGCGGUAGUGGCAACAGCAGUGGCGAACACGCGGCGGCUGCGAAAAAUGACGGACUGCUAAACAUGUGCAAUAUGAACGAAAACCUCCAGUACUUCAGCAACGAAUUUAAAGCCGUCCUCGCGCACGUCCUUUCGGAUAAAGCAUCAGAAGCACAGAAGGAAAAUUUCCACAACUAUUUAAAAAACUUAGCCAGCAAUUUUUGCAGCCUCGCAAAUAAAGAGGAAGACCUGUCAAGUGAAAAGCAGCAGGGAUUUAACGGCAACGCACUCUCAUGUGAAGACGAAAGCAGAUACUUAAAAGAUAACAAAGUGGAAAAUAAGAAUGUACUUAAGGAUUUACUACUACCCAUUUUAGCGAACGAGGAGGAAAACGCCACACCCCUUAAGAACAACUUCUGCAGUGAGUAUAACCUAUAUGAAAACAUUUUAAACAUGCCGAAAAUGGACGAAAAGAUGAAGACUGAAGAAAUGGCUGCUACCCCAUCGUACAAGCCACAAAUGAAUGACAUGAGUCAAGACAAAAAUAAUAUGAGCGACAUGUUUUGUGUGUAUAAUUUUAACUCAGAUAGUGAGGAAAAGGGAUGUGAACAUGAGAGGAAAUACAAAGUUAAUGAUUUUAUAACCGUCUGUACAAACUGCAAUGAGUACCUUAAUUCGAAUAUGGAUUGCAAAAUUGUGUCUCCCAGUAGCUUAGACAGCAGCAAUAACUCCACAGUGCAGAAGAUGAGUUCCCAUCAUGAGGACUUUCUUCUACGUAACGGUGAGUUGAAGAGUUAUGAAAAUUUCUCCGCCUCAAAGAAAGACAUGAAGGACUACCACGGGGAAGGCGUCUACGGCCAGCUCAAAUUGGAUAACAAAAUGUUGCUCAGCGGUAUGGAUUCGCAGAACGGGGGGAGCGCAAACGGCGCGAUGAGUGGUGUGAUGAGUAACACGAUGAGUAACGCGAUGAGUGGCGCGAUGAACAGCGGCGCGAGCGACGCCAGGAACAGCGCACGGAACAGCAUCAGCAACAUCAGCAACAACAGCGGCAGCGGCAGCGGCAGCAUGCCCAUUAUGGAGAACGUGGAGGACAUGAGCCACCUGUACAACCAGUACUGCGAGUACUACGUAAACAAUGCCGUCAUGGAUGAUAUGCAGAUGAAAAAUAAUUACCUGAACAAUCUUUUUUUUCAAGACCAGAACAACUACUCCGCAGCUAGCGAUAACUGCACGAACAAUCAAACUCCGCCCAUAAAGUCAGAAAAUUUUUACUUCAGUGAAGAUAACAACUACCUCAGCGAUUCCACCACGUACAUCCAUGGGAAGAGUACCGCCAAUAAUGUACUGCCAUUUAAGAAAGGGACCUACGCGGAAAAUAAUUUGAACAAUAAUAACAGCGAUGGGAAUUACCAGGAGGAUGACUAUGAGAAUUAUAUCAAUUCGGAGUGCAACAACAAUUCCUGCUACAACAUAAUUCACACGUGA